AUGUCUAAGCGCACUGCCAACCUUGAACAAUUUAUUGACUUUGACGGGGGUGUUGGGCCAUCUGCCACCGGUGAGGAUCCAUCUCCCGUCAAAUCUGUUGAGUCCAAACACGGCACCAUCGUUGAGAAUCAAAAUUCUCCUGCCAGUAAGCCCGCUGCUCCUCCUUCUGACUACUCAGAGGAUUUGGUGGAGGUUCCCAAUGAACUCGGACAAAUUUUUCACACCCCUCACAAGAUUCCUGUCAACAAUGAACUUGCCAAGGCCCUCGCCGCUCAAAAGGACUCGGAAAUCGCUGUUCUUUGGGCCAAAAUGACUUUUUCUUUGGUUGGUAAAGCUUUGAAAGACGAAGCCCUCGAUUGA